GCUGUAAAACGCUCAGUGUUAUUUUAAUCAGGGAUCAAUCCGCGUUAUUCCUUUGAACUAAUAUUUAACUAGCAUGUGAUAGAUAUUCAUUAUUCUAUGUUGUGAUGAAGACACUGAAUCACUGAAUUGUCAUUUUGUGACAUUCCUCACGGGACAUGGAUUCAGAGUGUAAUGGGCAGACCAAAAACCACUAGGAGAGCUCCGAUCCAAAUAACAGCAUUCAGCAAAAACAAGUGGUACGGUGAAUAACAUCAAGCCUAAUAUAGUCUCUGCGAGCACUUUAUUAGGCUGACACCAUGACGGCGGAAGAGACCAUCAAUAUCAAGGAGGUGGAGAUCAUUAAAUUGAUCCUGGACUUCCUCAACUCUCGCAAGCUGCACAUCAGCAUGCUGGCUCUGGAGAAGGAGAGCGGGGUCAUCAAUGGCCUCUACUCAGAUGACAUGUUGUUCCUUAGGCAACUGGUACUGGAUGGCCAGUGGGAUGAGGUCCUUCAGUUUAUACAACCAUUGGAGUGCAUGGAUAAGUUUGACCGAAAGAGGUUCCGCUACAUCAUCCUGAAGCAGAAGUUUCUGGAAGCCCUGUGUGUGAAUAAUGCCAUGUCGGCAGACGACGAGCCUCAGCAUCUGGAGUUCACCAUGCAGGAGGCGGUGAAGUGCCUCCACUCCCUGGAGGAGUUCUGCCCCUCCAAGGAGGACUACAGCAAGCUGUGCCUGCUCCUGACGCUGCCCCGCCUCACCGAGCACGCCGAGUUCCGGGACUGGAGCCCCAGCACGGCGCGGGCGCACUGCUUCGAGGAGGCCUGCGUCAUGGUGGCCGAGUUCAUCCCGGCCGACCGCAAGCUGAGCGAGGCCGGCUUCAAGGCCAGCGGCAACCGCCUCUUCCAGCUGCUCAUCAAGGGCGUGCUGUACGAGUGCUGCGUGGAGUUCUGCCAGAGCAAGGCCACGGGCGAGGAGAUCACGGAGAGCGAGGUGCUGCUGGGCAUCGACGUGCUUUGCGGGAACGGUUGCGACGACCUGGACCUCAGCCUGCUGUCGUGGCUGCAGAACCUCCCGCCCGGCGUCUUCUCCUGCGCCUUCGAGCAGAAGGUGCUGGACAUCCACGUGGACCGGCUGGCCAAGCCGGCCAAGGCGGCCUACGCGGACCUGCUCACGCCGCUGGUCAGCAAGCUGUCGCCACACCCGGCCUCGCCCCUGCGCCGGCCCCAGUCGGCCGACGCCUACAUGUCCCGCUCGCUCAACCCGGCCCUGGACGGCCUCUCCCACGGGCUGUCCAAUCAGGGCAAGCGGGCGGCGGAGCUGGGGGGCAAGGCCUCGCCCAUGUCGCACUCCUUCGCCAACUUCCAGUACCCCGGGGCGCCCGGGGCAAGCCGCGGACUGAUGCCCGAGCAGUCGGACUGUCGGCGCAUUUACGAGGAGUCUCCGGAGAGGAUGGGCUCCUCGGUGGACAGGAAGCUGGGUUCGGUGGCCCCCCUCACUCCGCGGCCCUCCUCGGCCCCCGGCGGCGAGGCUCCGGCCCCUGGCUCGUCUGAGAGGAACGAGCUGCGGGACUCCUCAGACCAGUUCCAGGAGUACUACAGGCAGCGUCUGCGCGUGCAGCAGCACCUGGAGCAGAAGGAGCAGCAGAGACAGCUCUACCAGCAGAUGCUCCUGGAGGGAGGCGUCAACCAGCAGGAGGGCCCAGACAGCCAGCACAACCUCACCGACAAGUUCCUCAACCGGUCUAUACAGAAGCUGGAGGAGCUGAAUGUUGGUAUGGAGGAGGUGCAGCCUGUGCGGAACGGGAAGGCAGUGAAUGUGGCCCACGCCCCGGCCAGUGACGUCACUCUGACGCCCGAGCCGGGGAAGGCGCCGGACAGCGCCGAUGUGGUCAGCAGCACCCCCCACAGGGCCGGAGGGCGUGGCAUGCCCCCCCUGGACGAGUCGCCUGUCCUGGUCUCACAGAGUGUGCAGAAGGACAAAGUCGCAGAGCCGAUUGACACAGGAUGCUCUCCUACACGGACAACUCUGUCUCAGGAGGGGGACAAGCCCAAGGCUCAGUUUGUGGCCAUCAACACACUGGAGGACACGCAGGCCGUGCGGGCUGUGGCCUUCCACCCCACGGGGACUCUCUACGCCGUGGGCUCCAAUUCAAAAACACUGCGGGUCUGUGCUUAUCCGGACGUGCUCGACACCAGUGGGUCAGAGUGCAUUAAGCAGCCAGUCGUUCGCUUCAAGAGGAACAAGCAUCACAAGGGCUCCAUAUACUGCGUAGCCUGGAGCCACUGCGGCCAGCUGCUGGCUACCGGCUCCAACGACAAGUACGUCAAAGUGCUGCCCUUCAACGCUGACACCUGCAAUGCCACAGGCCCAGACCUGGAGUUCAGCAUGCACGACGGCACCAUCCGAGACCUGGCCUUCAUGGAGGGCCCGGAGAGCGGGGGGGCCAUUCUGAUCAGCGCCGGCGCUGGAGACUGCAACAUCUACACCACCGACUGCCAGAGGGGCCAGGGUCUGCACGCGCUCAGUGGGCACACAGGUCACAUCUUGUCCCUGUACACCUGGAGUGGCUGGAUGAUCGCUUCGGGCUCCCAGGACAAGACGGUGCGGUUCUGGGACUUGCGAGUACCCAGCUGUGUACGGGUGGUGGGGACGACCUUACAUGGCACAGGCAGUGCCGUGGCGUCUGUAGCGGUAGACCCCAGCGGGCGGCUCUUGGCCACGGGCCAGGAAGACUGCAGCUGCAUGCUGUAUGACAUCAGAGGGGGCAGGAUGGUGCAGACGUACCGCCCCCACACCAGCGAUGUGCGCUCGGUCCGUUUCUCCCCUGGGGCUCACUACCUGCUCACCGGCUCCUACGACAACAAAGUCAUCAUCACUGACCUGCAAGGGGACCUGACCAAGCAGCUGCCCCUGACGGUGGUGGGAGAGCACGGGGACAAGGUGAUCCAGUGCAGGUGGCACACACAGGACCUCUCCUUCCUGUCCUCCUCUGCAGACAGGACAGUCACACUGUGGGCCCACAACCCAUAGGGUCGGUGCAGUGUGAGCACUGGCCAGAAGAAGCACAGUGACCCUCCCCGUCCUCUAACCUCCAUCCCGCACUGACAUUCACCUUCCCCUCCACCAUCCCUUCUCACAUCAACAAACAAGGCCAUCUCAUCCUGCUGGCAAAGGCACAAGGAAGUGGAGUUUGUGUGUGUGUACGUGUGUGUGUACGUGUAUGUGUAUGUGUGUGCGCGCACAUGUGAGUCCACUGUUGUGCUGAUGGUGAUGUCGUCAUUCUGAGCACGUUUAUGCUUCUGUGACUGACUGUUUAAAUUGUACAUAAAGGCCACUCCUGUAAAGUUGAGUGCUAAUUGUUUUCAGCACUAACCUUAAUGCUUUCCUAAACCAUGAAGGACGGCUCGUCAUGUGAACCCACAGCAGAGUAGCUUUGAAUAAAUGGGUGAAAAUUUAAAUCAGACCAUGUUGUGUUAAUCACAUGGCGCCUUGAGAAGAUAGUGUCCAUAGACCGCUACACUCAGUGAGCACUUUAUUCGGUAUUUAUCAGACUUAUUUUUUAGACAUAUUAAGUCCUCUGCUGCUGUAGCCAAUCCACUUACAGGUGGAUAUGUGUUGUGUGUUCAGAGAUGCUCUUCUGCAUACCACUCUUGUAAUGUGUGGUUAUUUGCAUUACUGACACCUUCCUGUCAGCUUCCACCAGUCCAGCCCUUCUCCUUUAACCUAUCAAUAACAAGGCGUUUCUGCCCACAGACCUGCUGCUUACUGGAUGUUUUUUGUUGUUCACUCCAUUCUCUGCAAACUCUAGAGACUAUUGUGCAUGAAAAUCCCAGGAGAUUAUCAGUUUCUGAGAUACUCAAACCACCCUGUCUGGCACCAAAAAUCAUCCCGUGGUCAAAGUCACUUAGAUCACAUUUGUUCCCCAUUCUGACAUUUGGUCUGAACAACAGCUGAACCUCUUGACCACGUCUGCAUGCUUGUAUGCAUUUAGUUGCUGCAACAUGAUUGGCUGAUUAAAUAUUUGCAUUAACAAGCUGAUGUACAGGUCUACCUAAUAAAGUGAUCACUGACUAUAUAGCACUUUAGUUUGUCACAUUUUUAAAAGGCUUGAAACUAAAUUCUGAACAAUGGCAUUGCCCUUUAUUUAGUGCACUGUUUUCCAUGGUGUACUUAAUGGUGUGUGUUUCUGGUUGUGUAAGAAAAGGGUGGUGCGCUGUGACCGGCUGUCAAGUAUGGCCAUAGGUGCUGAUGAAAUGGAAAUGCUUGUUGCUCUAGACUUAUUGGUUCCCAGGCUUCUUUAACGCGAUUCUUUGGAAAGGUGUUAAGGAAGCAUUGUUUUAGUUGAAAUAUCCAUUUUGUGAUUUUAAAGGCGUGCAGUAAGCUAUCAGUUCUCACAAGGCUCCUUUUAAAAAAAGCAUUCUUGCUGAAAUGGUAUGUCAGCUAAAUACCAACAAAGAAUGACAUUUAAUUGCUUUUGGUGGGUCAUUCUGACAUAAAUAAAAACGGAAAGCAACACUUUCGUAUUCAGUUAUGAGUAAUUAGGAAACUAAUGGCAGACCGCCUGUGGUGGCAAAUGUCGGUUAUGCAGUAGGUCUUCAUUUUAAUGGGAGUUUGCCUAUGUAAAAAAAUGACAUUUUACACUAAAUAAAAUGUGGAAAAGAGCAUGGCAUCCCACUGGCAUAUUUGCAAGGAAGAAAAAAAAGAACCCGCUACCUUUUCUCCCGUACUGUUUUAAGUCUGCACUUUCUUUAGGGAACAACAACCACAGUUGAUGUUUCUCACCAAAUUGUACUGAAUGUAAUGCCUAAUAAUUUAUUUUCUUGUAUAAUAUUUUAUGUUUAACUUAAAAACCAAAAUAAAGGGAAUUGUUAUUACAUUA